AUGCCAGGUUUGGCUGAGUCUUUCAUUGGCUCUAUAGAUCAGGGAACAACAAGCACCCGGUUUCUGAUCUUCAACAGAGAGGGUGAGCCUGUUGCAUCGCAUCAAGUGGAAUUUGAACAAAUAUACCCAAAAUCAGGGUGGCACGAACACAAUCCCCUCGAACUCGUAUCAUCGGUUGAAACAUGCAUCGAAGAAGCGGUUAAGAAAUUCGAAGAACUCGGAUACAGUCGGCAGUUGAUCAACGCAAUUGGAAUAACGAAUCAACGGGAGACAACGGUGUUAUGGGAUUCUGUGACCGGGGAGCCUCUGCACAAUGCAGUUGUGUGGACGGAUACGCGGUCACAAGCUAUUGUAAGGGAGUUGAAAUCUAGAAAAGGCGCCGAAGAUUUGCAAGAAAUCUGUGGUUUGCCUCUUUCGACGUAUCCGUCUUCCACGAAAUUGCUAUGGAUGAUUCAAAACGUGCCCAAGGUCAAAGACGCUUGUGAAAGAGGGCAUCUUGCAUUCGGUACCGUCGAUUCUUGGCUGAUAUAUCGAUUAAAUGGCGGCCCUACAGCGAAUGUGUUUGUUUCUGAUCCCACAAAUGCAUCAAGGACGAUGUUUAUGAAUCUAGCAACUCUCGAAUAUGACGAUCGUCUUCUGGACUUUUUUGGUGUCAAAGGAAAGAUUCAUCUACCUCGAAUCGUGCCUUCAUCACACAGGAAAGCGUAUGGAAGUAUAUCUUCCGGUGCUCUUCAAGGAGUGCCAAUCAUGGGAUGUCUGGGUGAUCAAUCCUCGGCCCUGGUAGGCCAAAAAGGAUUCUAUCCCGGUCUGGCGAAAAACACAUAUGGAACAGGCUGCUUUCUCCUAUAUAAUGUCGGUGAGAAACCGGUCAUAUCCAAGCACGGUUUAUUAGCAACUGUGGCAUUUCAGUUUGAUGGUAAGCCCGUCUAUGCUUUGGAAGGGAGCAUUGCUGUCGGGGGCUCAGGUGUCAGGUUCCUGCAGAAUAACCUCGGUCUAUUCAAAGAGUCGAAGGAAAUCAAUGAACUAGCAGCAACCGUAGAAGACAACGGUGGUUGUAUCUUUGUCACGGCAUUCAGUGGUCUUUUUGCUCCAUAUUGGAUAGACGAUGCCAAAGGAACGAUUUUUGGAAUUACACAGUACACUCAAAAAGGUCAUAUAGCCAGAGCGACAUUAGAAGCAACUUGCUACCAGACCAAAGCAAUAUUGGAUGCCAUGGAGAAAGAUAGUGGACAUGCGCUUUCAGAACUGGCUGUUGAUGGGGGUAUGAGUAAUUCGGAUCUCGCGAUGCAAAUUCAAGCAGAUCUCGUAUCAAUCCCAGUUUAUCGUCCCAAGAUGCGGGAGACCACCGCCCUUGGAGCUGCUAUUGCUGCAGGCUUAGCCCUAGGCCUUUGGCGCAACUUCACCGAAUUGCGCGACAUCAAUCGAGCUGGCGGUGCGGUCUUCGAGCCUAGCGUACCUCGCGAGAAAAGUGCUGAAAUGUUUGCUCUCUGGGAAAAGGCCGUUCACAUGUCGAAAGGAUGGGUGAAAAAGGAUAAUGAAAAGUUAAAUGGAGUACACAAUACUCGCAAACCAUCAGUUGUUGCUAACAGCAAGCAGAAAGAGUCAGUCUUUAUCACACAAUCAGUCUUCGGUGACUUGGACGAGGCAGAUGAGGAGGAUUUACUGCUGGAACUACGCAAAAUUGAGAUUCAACAGCGUUUAAAGCAUUUGAGAAAGGGACUGAAGCCAUGA